AUGAGUCAACUGCCCUUUGUCGAUUGGCACUCUACAGGCUUCGCUACAAAGGAGCAGUUUAAUAUGAUAGUCCUACGUGGUCUCGUGAAGCUUUAUAUCAAUGUCGAAGUCGCACAAGUCAAGGGCACACACUUUGGUGAGGAAUACCUACAAAAGAUAAAUCUGGACAGGGGAGGCAGGUAUGACAUGAUGGAUUCGAUUCCAAACCUGGUUUAUCAGUACUGUUUGCCCCUCAUCGAAAGGUUAGCGCCACAAACGUCACUCCAGGACCUCAGCCUCGAAUACUUUCUCCACACACCUGCCUACAACCUGAAUCUUGUCGACGCAGGUAAUGAAGAUAUUCGCAUCGAAGGGGGAGAAGAGUGUAUGUACACACCGUGUUUCAGUAUCUCCCCCAUGCGGACUGCCGAUCUGCCUGAGCUAUGCAAAGCAAUCCCUCGCUUCCGCGCAUGCGAAACCUGGAUAGCUCGCCCUAGAGAUAUGGGACACUCCCUUGAUUCAUCUCAGGGAAGGGUUAUGACAGUGGAUGGGAUCUUCAUGUUCUUCAAGCCGCGACUUGAAAUGCGUGAACCUGAUUUUGAGCGCGAGCUUCAGAUCUUAUUACGCAUCAACGAAGCUGGUCUGACAGCUCAGAUUAGAGUCCCUAGACUAGAGGGUAUCGUGAUAUCAGGCGAAAAUGGGGAAACAACAAUAGGCAUGCUCAUGACCCUAAUUAUCUCACCUAAGAUAGGGAUGCACUUGAAGAGCGAGGGCUUUUGGGGCAAAUUUGAGUUGCACAAGAAGUGGGAAGAGCAAGUUAUUGCUAUAGUACAGGAGCUGCAUGCCAACGGCAUUGUAUGGGGAGACGUUAAUCCAAUGAACGUUGUUAUUGAUGAGGCUAUGGACGCUUGGGUUAUUGAUUUUGGUGGGAUGAACAACAUUGAGUUUGUAGACAACAGGAACCGCGAGACAGUAGAGGGUGAUGAGCAGGGUAUCACAAGACUCUUUCAGGAGUGGUUACCGAGCCGCCUUUCUCGUCAUGAGAAAGUUUAG